AUGGCAAACUUUACAGAUCGGAUAAUGCGUCUAUUGGCAUUAUGUUUACUUCUUUUAACAUAUUUCUGCAAAGCUCAUUAUCAAAUUAAAUGUAGUAAUAGCACGAAAGAUACUACAUCCAUGGUGCCCUCGGAAGAUGGUGUUAAAGGUCGUUAUAUUGUGGAAUGGUGUACUAACAUAGCGAAAAGUGACACAGAAUGGAAUCUUGAAAUUAUUUACAAUCGUAAAAAUGUCAGAAUUUGCGCCCCCAAAAAUGUACACUCUACAAAAACAGUAAAAAUAAACAGCGGCGAUGUCAAUUGUAGUUUUGUUUGUUUAUCUACAGAUGUUGACUUGAUAUUCAGUGCUUGCUACCUUCUUCAAAGUGAUAUUAAAUCUCAUGGCUCUAUGAGAACGAACUCCCAGCACAAUAUACCUAAUGGAUAUUCAAUGGAUACAUUCACCAAUACUGUAUUUACAGCCAAUUACAUUAACCAUGGCGACUACAUAUCAGUUAACUUCUACUUGGGCACUGUACCUGCUACUGACUAUGAACUGGUUCUUUGCAAAUUGGAUGAUACUUCAUAUGAUAAGGUGAGUUAUAAAUAA